CAAAACACCGCACACUGACUGCACAGCACAUAUCGCACACAAGAAAAAACUUGACAUUUGCCGAGAAAAAUGAGUUUAGAUAAAUAUUUGGGCGUUUAUGUUCGUCGUUUCAAUUAACUAAUUUUAACAUUUUUCACAAAAAUAUAAUAAACUUUGAAUGUUUUUUUCCUCUCCUAACCGCAAACUAUUGUUUGAAAUUUAAAUAAUAUACAAAUGUGUGCACCAGAAUAAUAUAAUCUGCUAUAAAAGAAAACUUAAACUUAACUUAAAAAUCAGAAAUCAAAAAUCUGCUUAAAUAAGAAAUCAGAAAACAGAAUCAACAUUCAACAACAGUUUGCUCGCUCACAACUCACAAGAAGAAGAAAAAAAGGAAACCCGCCGAUGUACAUAUUUUUAUUGACUUAAAGAAAAAAAAGAAUAAAACAAGAACAAAACGAACACAAAUUUAUAUCUACUGCUACUUUACUUCGACUUCCAGAGAGAUAAACAUUAAACGAAAUUCCAUUCAUUACGCUCGCGUCACGCACGCCCCUCAACGCAAGUAUUAAAAAAUAAAAGUAGAAGCAGAAGUAUGAUUAAUUCAGGUCUACAUCGAUCCCCGCAGCCUUCUCCGGAUCCGGACAUUGACGAUGGCAGUUCGAAGCGACAGGCGACACGAGUCUUUAAAAAGAGUUCGUCCAAUGGCAAAAUAACAGUGUAUUUGGGUAAACGGGAUUUUGUGGAUCAUGUGUCGCAUGUAGAUCCAAUCGAUGGAGUGGUCUUGAUUGAGCCAGAUUAUGUAAAGGACCGCAAGGUGUUUGGACAGGUGUUGGCGGCGUUCAGGUAUGGUCGCGAGGAUUUGGAUGUUUUGGGACUAACGUUUCGGAAAGAUCUCUAUUUGGCGAGCGAACAAAUAUUCCCCAUUAUGGAAUCAGAGCGACCCUUGACCCGGCUACAGGAGAGGCUGAUAAAGAAGCUCGGCCCAAACGCAUAUCCAUUUUACUUCGAAGUUCCUCCGUAUUGUCCAGCAUCGGUGUCGCUGCAACCGGCUCCGGGUGACACAGGCAAACCCUGCGGAGUUGACUAUGAACUUAAGGCGUUCGUGGGCGAGAAUGUCGACGACAAACCACACAAGAGGAACUCUGUUCGCCUAGCUAUACGGAAAAUAAUGUACGCCCCUUCCAAGCUUGGCGAGCAGCCCUCGAUUGAGGUGAGCAAAGAGUUCAUGCUGAAACCAAACAAAAUUCACCUCGAAGCCAGCCUGGACAAGGAGCUGUACCACCAUGGCGAGUCGAUUUGUGUGAAUGUCCAUAUCGCCAAUAAUUCCAAUCGCACCGUAAAGAAGAUCAAGGUGCUGGUGCGUCAAUUUGCUGACAUCUGCCUGUUCUCGACGGCGCAGUACAAGUGUGUGGUGGCAGAAACCGAGUCGGAGGACGGAGUCCAAGUGCAACCCGGCUUCACGCUCUCGAAGGUCUUCGAAUUGACUCCGCUUCUGGCCAACAACAAAGACAAGUGGGGUCUAGCUCUGGAUGGUCAGUUGAAGCACGAAGAUACAAAUUUGGCCUCGAGCACAAUAAUCGCAGAUCCGACACAGCGCGAGAGCCUGGGCAUCAUUGUGCACUACAAGGUGAAGGUGAAACUUUUCAUAAGUGGCCCACUCUUGGGCGGUGACUUGGUUGCCGAGCUGCCAUUUAUCCUCAUGCAUCCCAAGCCAGAGGAUGACACGGAUCCAAUUAUAUCAGAAAGAUCGCCCCGACGCAGCCUACAAGCAGCCAAUGCCGGUCUGACGGCAGAAAAUGCCGCCGAAGUUCCAACAACCAAUCUUAUUCAACUAGACGGCGACGACAACGGUCAAGAUGAUGACAUCAUCUUCGAGGACUUUGCCAGGCUGAGAUUAAAAGGAGCAGAAACGGAAGCCUAGUUGAUCUUAAAUCAACAUCAAAAACAUUUGCAUUGAACGUAAAAAAAAGCGCAAGGACUAAGAAGUAAGGAGCAAGAAAUGUUAGAAGUAGGAAGCAAAGAACUAAGUGUCUGGAUUCAACACAGAAUUUUGUAUUCGUAGCGAUAGAUAUAUUUAUGUAUAUGCAAAUACAUAUACAUAUAUGUGUUUCAUUUAUUAUUUAAAAACAAAACAAAAAUGUCUCCAGUUCAUUUUAUAUUAUAUAUUAUUAUAUUAUCUA